AUGUGCGCAAGUAUUUCAAAGGUGCUGAAAGCUUCACUCGCCGACGACGUCCAGAAAAGCGAUAGGUUCGCCGUACAAGGCAUGGCUCUGCUCACAUCCGUGCACAUUCUCGCCGACACCUAUGACAAUGACUUCUGGGAUAUCUUCGAGAAGUUCCUGGAGAAGCGCAAGCCACUAACUGCUGACCAGAAGGCUGCGCUUGAUGCGAUGGGCACAAGAUUCAACGAUGAAGCUCAGAAGCAAUGGCCGUGCCUUCGGACUUCCUAA